UUAAGUGAUACCAACCACUUCACUCUAGUUUGUGAGCUUUGUUUAAAAACAGCAGCACCACCGUGACAACCGCAAACACCAUUCGCAGUCGAUAACAGCGGCGGCUCCGUCGCGCCAUCGCCAAAAUUCCAAGCAAUUCAAUGGUAGAUACCUUACUUCAAAUUUUCGAGUAUCCCUUUGUUCAAUAUAUACAUUUUCGAGUAACCGUUGAAGUGAUUAACCAAAAUUUUCUACCUUUCCAUUCUAUUCUCUCUUGAAAUGAAACUAACCUUAACGAAUCACACUUUCUCAACACUCUUGAAUUCUUCUCUUAUCAAUCUGAGAAGACCCUUUUGUUCUUCAUCACUAUCAUCAUCACCAUCUACUUCUUUCAAACCCAAAGUUCCAAUCUUUCUGAGACCACCCAUUUACUCAACAAAAUUGAGUGAUCUCAAAAAAUGGCAUAAUUGGGCCAAAAACAUUGCUUCUUCAAUUGGGUCAUCUUUUGUUCAAUCAGAUAAUGGUCCAGACUCAACCAUUUUGUGCAGGGAACUCAAAUGGUUCAUUGAAGAUGUUGUUGAGGAUCAUCAUUCAGUUUUUUCCCAUAUGGGUGUGAAGGAUAAUGAUGAGAAUGAGAGAGUGAAAAUGAGGGCAGAUAUAGAUGAACUAUAUUGUUUAUGGAAGCAAAGGAUUGAAGAUAGGAAACCUUUUCAGUAUAUAGUAGGAUGUGAACAUUGGAAGGAUUUGGUUUUGAGUGUUCAAGAAGGGGUUUUGAUUCCUAGACCUGAGACUGAACUUAUUGUUGAAUUGGUUUCUGAUGUUUUGUCAAAGAAUGACGAUUUGAAAAGAGGGGUUUGGGCUGAUUUAGGGACUGGAAGUGGUGCUCUUGCUAUAGGUAUUGGUAGGAUUUUAGGUAAUGGUGGAAAGGUUAUUGCAUCGGAUUUAAGCCCCGUGGCUGUUGCUGUUGCAGCUUACAAUGUGCAGAGGUAUUGUUUGCAGGACAAAAUUGAAAUAAGGGAAGGAUCCUGGUUUGAACCAUUGAAGGAUAUGGAAGGAAAGCUUGCAGGUCUUGUAAGCAACCCACCUUAUAUACCAAGCAACGAUAUCUCGGGUCUACAAGCUGAAGUUGGCAAACACGAACCUAGAGUUGCAUUAGAUGGAGGAAUUGACGGCAUGAAUGCUCUUCUCCAUCUGUGUGAUGGGGCUGAUUUAUUGUUGAAAUCUGGUGGAUUCUUUGCCUUUGAGACAAAUGGUGAGAAGCAGUGCAGGGAACUUGUUGAUUACAUGAAAAGUAAUAGAAGUGCAAGCUUAUGCGAUUUGGAAAUACUUGCCGAUUUUGCUGGUAUUCAAAGAUUUGUAAUUGGAUUCCAUCGAUAAGCGGUUUGAAUUACAAAAAGGUAGUUGAAAUUCAUUUAAGGGGUGCAUCUCUCCCAACAUGUUUUUUCAUAAACACCGGUAUGAAAUUCAACUCUUGACCAAAUGAUUAAAGGAUCCAAACAUCUACCAUUUGUGUGACACCGUGUUGGUAGUUACGAAAUAUAUGUUUUAUUUAUAUUAUUAUUAUUAUUAUUAUUUCUUGGAUCAA